AUAUCGCUGCAUGCCUGAGCUUUGGUUGAGAAAGAUAUUUCCUAAAACUGUUUUUGUUAGCACAGAUAUGCCUCAAAAACGAUUYCGAGUAGCUAAAAGCCAACAAGAGCUUGAUGACUUAGAAGACGAUAGUACAGACAUAUAUAAGUCCAACAUAAUUGAACGUUACAGUAUAAGACCAAAUUAUAURACUUCAGUAACUAACAUGUGCCUAGCAGAGUUUGCUGCUUACUAUUAUAAGGAUUACAAAACUGAUAUAGCAGAAACAGCUGAUGCUCAACCUGAAGUACUUAAUGAUGAUAUAAUUGAACAAUCUUAUAUAGCUGCUACAAAUGAUGAUAUGUUAUGUUUCCCUAACAAAAUUAGAUUAAUGAAUGGUACUGAAGUCAUGAAAUGCAGAAAGGUUAAAGCUGUAAUUAGAUACCACACACCAAGUAAAACAAAGGAACCUGAAAAGUACUUCCAUCAUCUCCUCAUGUUAUAUUAUCCAUGGCGAGAAGAAACUGAMCUUCUUGGUYAUCAACACAARWACAUGUCUAAAUUCUGUGAGCCAAAUGUACAGGCAUUAGUAGAAAAAAAUAGAAAUGUUUUUGAACCAGACUCUGACGCAGUCAUUGAAGCAUUAGAGGCACUUAGAAACAAUGAUGCUAGCACACUUCACUCAUAUGAUCCUAUCAAUGAUCAAGAAAAUGAAGAUUUACAAUCACAACUAGCUGAAGACAAUUUAAAUAAUGAAGAGUCAUUUAAUAAKCUUUCACCAGACCACCUGAGCAAUGUACAGAAUGGARRAAUACCUUCUGCAAUAUCUUCAUACAUACAGCCAUCUGAAAUAUCUGACGAUGAACUCCGCCAGUCUGUGAGAUCACUAAAUGCAGAACAACGUAGAGCAUAUGACAUUGUACUUACUUGGUGUAGGAAAAAGGUUAAAAACAUGAACAGUGUAAAACCACAGAAAGUAGACCCUAUCUAUUUAUUCAUAACAGGAGGUGCAGGAGCUGGGAAAUCACAUGUUAUUAAAACAAUAUAUCACACUGCUACAAAAACAUUCAGACAAGGUCCAGCUAAUCCUGAAAAACCAACUGUAUUGUUAAUGGCUCCAACAGGUYUGGCUGCUAUCAAUAUUAAUGGUACUACUAUACAUACUGCAUUAGCUAUAGCUAAGGAUUCAAGUGAGAAUGUGUCUCCAAUGUCUGAUCAAAAAAGAACCCAAAUCAGAAUAUCUUUAUCUAAUUUAAAGUUAAUAAUCAUUGAUGAAAUCUCUAUGGUAUCAAACACUAUUUUACUGAAUAUACAUCAAAGACUAAAAGACAUUUUUGCUACACCAAAUGAUCAGCUUUUUGCAGCACUUAGUAUCAUAGUAGUAGGUGAUCUAUAUCAACUUCCACCUAUACGUAGACAACCUGUAUUUGAACAAUAUAAAAACGACAUUUUUAAUUUAUGCCAUCCAUGGUCAGUAUUUCAGAUGUUAGAAUUAACCAAGAUUAUGAGACAAAAAGAUGACCAGGCAUUUACAGAAUUACUGAACAGAUUUCGAACUGCUUCACAAACUGAAGAUGACCUUCAAAUAAUACAAUCCAGAGCUUUAAAAUCAAAUCAAACUGAUUACCCAUCACAGGCAUUACAUAUCUUUGCAGAAAAUGCACCUGUAGAUCAGCAUAAUAAUACACACCUAGAUCAACUUAGUGGGCCAUUAUACAGAUUGAAAGCAAUAGAUCAAUAUCCACAACAUGUUACGAAACAAGACAUUGAUAGGGUAUUAGCAAGAGGAAGGUCUGAAACUGGAGGACUUGAUUCUGAAAUAUUAAUUAAAGUUAAUGCUCGAGUGAUGAUAACCACAAAUAUAGAUAUAAGUGAUAGAUUAAUAAAUGGUCAAAUGGGUACAGUAACAAAAGUAGCUAUCGAUCCCAACACAAACAGGCCUUCUGUUGUUUACAUAAAGUUUGAUGACUCUCAAGCUGGUAUCAAUGCCAUACAAAAGCAUUCUGAUCAAUAUGCUAGAGAAAAUCACUCUGUGCCAAUACAACCUGUACAUGCAAGAAUAAAGAUCAGGCCAGGUAAACCAUCUUCACCUGAAUUACAAAGAGUACAGUUUCCUAUAACAUUAGCAUGGGRAUGCACAGUUCAUAAGGUACAGGGKCUUACACUCAAUGACAUUGUUGUUAGUUUUGAUCUGAAUAGGCAAAACCAUUUUAACUAUGGACAAAUUUAUGUAGCACUAAGCAGAGCAAAAUCUUUACAAGGGUUACAUGUCAUUGGCCAAAUAGAAAAUAAACAUAUAAGAGCAAACCCUAAAGUACAAGCUGAGUAUGAUAAAUUACGACAACAGUUCACUUACACAAAUACGUCUUCUGUGACUGAUCCUGAUKCUCUUACUUUAAUCUUAUUAAACAUACGCUCACUUAGAAAGCAUAGUAUCGAUAUAAAACAUGAUGCAAACCUCACACAAUCCGAUAUCUUAGCUCUGACAGAAACCCAACUUUUACCUCAUCAUUCAGACAUUGCUAUCAAAGACARUUUGCAUCCUUAUGAACUGCAUAGGCAAGACCAUCCAAAUGACAAGUAUCUUAGUUUGGCUUUAUGUAAUAAAUCUAACACAGAUGUAUUGAAUGAACAAUAUUUUCAAAACAUUAAUGCUUGGAUGUUUGAUAUACGACAAACAAGCAGCAGCAAAUCAUUGACAUUCCUCCUAAUUUAUAGAAAAAACUACUCCAAUGUCCAACAGUAUAUUCAAAGUCUCUCUGAUAUUAUUCAAUCAAAUACAAUUCAUAUCAUACUAGGUGAUUUUAAUAUCAAUCACUUUACUGACAACUCACUCUUACAGCAACUGACUUCUUUGGGAUAUUGCCAAAUUGUCAAUGAGUCAACAUUUAUAUCAAGUGGCAGUCUACUGGACCAAGUAUUUGUCCAACAACRUAUUAAUAGCAAAGUUAAAAAUGAAGUGAUAAGUGUCUAUUAUUCUGAUCAUGAAUGCGUAAAAAUUACAAUUAAACUGUGA